UGCAGCAUCUCCGAGUCAGAGCCUACAAAAAACAUCGCAUCUCCUUCAAGACAUUGCACUUCUCUUCCCUGGACUCUACUCAACACCAUCCACUUCUAACUGCAGGGUUUGAACACCUGCAUGCGGUGGCCGAGGACCCGUUUGAACGCCGUUUUGUGUCGCUCUUGUACAUUUUCCCGUUAUUAUUUAUCAUUCGCGCGACUUCCCAAUUUGUAGGUCAUAUAUUGUUUUCGCCACGAGAGCGCCAUCAAAGAGCGGUGCUUGUUAUUAAAGAGGAAUAAAAUCGCUUGAGCAACCAAGAGUGAGGACUUUACUCACAUCACUUGAAAUUAAUAUAAGUAGCAACAGCCUGAACAUAAUCGAGUCACUGGAUAUCAAUGUGUCUUUAAUUCUGUAUCUAGGAUACCGCGAAGACUCGGUGUGGUCUUAAGGUGUUUUGACGGAGGAUUGCAACAACCAUAUCGACGCAACCCAAACAUCCAUAUCAUCGUGGUUUCACAUUUAGAAACAUUAUAUCUGAUACGAAAAGCAAUAUAAGAGUCUAAAGCUUCUCUUUAAAAAAUGAUGGCCGGUGGGGCAGUGCAGCAAAACGGGAUUUUCUCCAAUCCGCAUCAUCACAAUCAACAGCCGCACAUGGAGUCCGAUCCCCCCGAUUCCCGCAAAAGACCCUUGGAGACCCCGACGGAGGCCAGCAGCACCAAACGCACAAACACAGGAGAGGAAGGCGAAUAUUUCUUAAAGGUGCUGAUUCCGAGCUACGCUGCAGGCUCCAUCAUUGGCAAGGGUGGUCAGACCAUUGUCCAGCUACAGAAAGAGACAGGGGCCACCAUAAAACUGUCCAAAUCCAAAGACUUCUACCCAGGAACAACAGAGCGUGUCUGCUUGAUCCAGGGCACUGUAGAGGCGCUGAAUAGCGUCCAUGACUUCAUCGCAGAGAAGGUUCGGGAGAUGCCGCAGAGUGCUCAGAAAACAGAGCCGGUCAGCAUACUUCAGCCACAGACCACUGUCAAUCCUGACCGUGUCAAGCAGGCCAAGCUGAUAGUGCCCAACAGCACAGCAGGGCUGAUCAUCGGCAAGGGAGGUGCCACAGUGAAGGCCGUCAUGGAGCAGUCUGGAGCCUGGGUCCAGCUCUCACAGAAACCAGAAGGCAUCAAUCUGCAGGAACGCGUAGUCACCAUCAGUGGAGAGCCUGAGCAGAACCGCAAAGCUGUGGAGAUCAUCGUGCAGAAGAUCCAGGAGGAUCCACAGAGCAGCAGCUGUCUCAACAUCAGUUACUCCAACAUCUCUGGCCCCGUGGCCAACUCCAACCCCACAGGUUCCCCGUACGCCAACUCGGCGGAGGUGAUGCCAGCAGCUGCCGCUGCAGCGGCAGCCACAGCUUCCAGUCUCCUGGGGCAGGCCAGCCUGGCUGGAGUGGGUGCUUUCCCCACAACAAUGUCCAGCUUCUCAGGGAAUGACCUACUGGCUAUUACGUCGGCGCUGAACACGUUAGCCAGCUACGGAUACAAUACCAACUCCUUGGGUCUAGGGCUCAACCCUGCCGCUGCCUCAGGAGUCCUCGCUGCUGUGGCUGCUAGUGCUAACCCUGCUGCAGCUGCAGCCGCCAAUCUGCUAGCCUCCUACGCUAAUGAUGCAUCCACCAGCGCCGGCCACCCAGCAACCAGUCUAGGAGGCUUCACGCUAGGCUCACUAGCUGCCGCCACCGGAGCCACCAAUGGCUACUUGAGUGCUGCUUCCCCGCUGGUGGCAAGCUCUCUACUGGCCACUGAGAAGCUAACGGAGGGGGCCAAAGAUGUGGUGGAGAUUGCUGUGCCAGAGAACUUGGUUGGUGCCAUUUUGGGGAAAGGAGGCAAGACGCUUGUGGAGUACCAAGAACUGACAGGAGCCCGCAUUCAGAUCUCCAAAAAGGGAGAGUUUGUUCCUGGCACCAGAAACCGUAAAGUUACCAUUACCGGAUCGCCAGCCGCUACACAGGCAGCCCAAUAUCUUAUCAGCCAGCGAAUCACAUAUGAGCAGGGUGUGAGGGCCACCAAUCCGCAGAAGGUGGGCUAAAAACAGGGAGUAUGUAAAAGGAGAGAAGGAGUGGGGGAUGGGGAAGAUACAGAGAAAGAGAUGGAGGGCAUGAAUAAUGAAGAAAAUCAACCACAUAUUUUGUGGAAAUCUCAGUAUUAAAAAAAAAAGAUGGAAAAAUAUCCUCUCAAAGUGGAAAAUUUAAAAUCGCGAAAAUGUGUAAAAUGUAAAUAUGGGUUUAUUUCUUAAGUUUUAAUCUUUUAACAUUUUUAUUGGUUGAUUUUUGUUGUUUUUUUGUGCAUUUUUCUGGACAGCAGUGAAUGGCAAUUCAACCUGGCAUGCUGCUGCGCUGUGGUUCCCAGCAGGUGGGCAAGGUGGUGGGAUGGGGGAGAAUGGGGUGGAGCAAUUGGACAUCCAACCCCGCUGGAAUCAGCCCUUUCCCCACCCCUAUCCCCUCCUAGCUGAGAUAUUUUUGUUCUUUACUUUUUAGUCCUUAGUUUAAUUCCCAACCUUUUGCCGAUGCCCCCUCUAUAGGGGGUCUGAGACUGAAAAUAAUCCCCCCAGUUUGUGACACCCCAUAACCCAGCCCCCCAGGCCCUCACCAUCCCAGCCAGCCCGACCCUGCCCUGCUCUGGGCAGGAUAGGGCAGGGGAUGUGAGGCUGCUCCAGGGUCUCUCAGUGCCACUAGACAUUGAUCUGGGGCCCCAGUUUGACCAGGUGUAUGCCACGCCAUGCUACUACAGAUGUUAUUAGCAUAAGGGAAGCUUGUAGAUCAUAUUGUGGACAUAGGCCAGGACAAAAAAUGCACCUGCUAUGGUCAGAAUAUUUAGUACCAGAGACAAUUUCUCUAUGGAAAUUGAAGUCUGGUGUUUAUACAAAUAUUAUUAUCAUUAUUAUUACUACUUCUAUUAUUAUUAUUAUUAUUAUUAUUAUUAUUAUUAUUAUUAUAUUACGAAUUAUCAUCACCAUCAACGUUAUUUAUUAAUAUGAUUUCACCCAUAAGGACUGAUGUAUUUUUUGUUUUUCUUAAUCUGUGAAUUCAGGUUGACAUGAAUGUAAAGACAAUAUUUUGGAUUUCGUUUUUAUUUAAGUAGAUUGAAUCAUGUGUCCUUGGAAUAUAUGUCUUAUUUAACGUCCAGUGAUAACUGCACUGUUGGCACCAACAGAGUCUAGGGGCAAGUGUACUGUACAGUGAUAUUAAUACAGUUUAAACAACAAAAAAACUCUAACACACUCAAACACACACCCUCAGCAAACUAUUACCAGAUCAAAUGCUGAAUUUGAUCAUGAGCAGACUUGAAAUCACAAUGGGACUAGACAAUUUAUUAGCAAAUCUACUGAAUGAGAAUGUAGGUCUUUGCACAAGUCCAAGGGAGUGUACCCAUGACAAGAAUACAUCUCUAUAUUAAAGUUCAUCCCUUUCUAUAAUGUCCAAAAAGUCAGUCUGUAGUUUACGCUGCCCUACUGUCCAGAUCUCUGCAGUGCUAAAGAUAUUGUGCACUUAGAGCCACUGCAGUCGAAUGUCUGCACAAAUCUUCUAUUGACGUCACUGGGAGAUUUGCAUAGAUAUUCCUGAUCAAAUUUGAAAACGAACAUACUACUGAACAAUUAUGGCCACGAACAAAGUUACGCUCUGAUCGACACCGGCUGGUUAGUUACAUGGUCUGCCAUAAAAAUUGUGUCGUUGUUGAAACAGAUUGCUGGCCCUAUUAUGGCCAAUAGUAGCCACAUUUUUUAUAUAGUCCCCAAGCCACUACUGAGUCUAAGAAUUGUUUUUGGUGCGUUAUGAUUACAUAUAUCAGGAUCACCUGUACUCUUCUAAAAUGAAUGGGCUCUUCAUGUAAACAACUUCCUGUGCAGAUUAGAACUACCUAAGUGUGACGUAUGUGCUGCUGAUAAGGUCCUAGUUUGUUUUUCCUUUUUUAUUUUUUUUUAUCUGAGUACACUGAAUUUUGUCUUAAUGCACUGUGAAGUGUGGAGGCCAUGAUGGAAGGCCAAGAAAAGUCAGGGUUCUUUAUCGUUAUCGUAUUGAUGCACCACAAUGAUGUAAUGUACUCUCAUGUUUAUACCAACCUCCAUGGAGUCAAUGUAUUGUUCACCGUUAGGAAGCAGAGGAUCAAUGUUGGAAUUUUUAGGUUGAGGUCAGAUGCUUAGAGAUUAUUGCAUAUCAUGUUGCUGGAUCUAACCUUAAUUUUCCAGUUUUCCAAGACCCAAUAAUCGACUCCCAAUCAAGAGGGUGUAUAUGUAUUUUGAAGAGGCAGUGGAUGGUGUAUUUAUUUUCGUCUAGAUGAACUUUGUGUCCUCCAAAAGAGUGACACAACUAGAAAGGAAACAGGCAUAUUUAAUACUGGAUGAAAUCUAUUUAAAAGCUACUACCAAUACAUAUCAGGAAGUUCUGCAAUUUUCUAAAAGACCAGGCUUGCAUACAGUACAUUCAAAUGGAGAGCAUUCCCAAACAGAUUGGACGGCUACAGAAUUAGACAGCACUGUGCUCUCUCUCCCCUCACUAAAAUUAUGAUUCUUUCCUCUCCUUUGCUAUUGGAGCACCAGGGGAGAGUAAAUCUGAACCAAUUGGUAAGGAGGCUUCUUUAUUCUCAUCUAAAAACCAUUACCUCCCCUCACCUCUUCUCAACCCCUUUUACCUUCGUGCACCCCCAUUCUGACACAUCAACCCAGAGACCCCCUUCUCUCACAUCUCUCCAUGGGUGGCGAUGUCUGGUGUAACAGUGCAUGUUUGCUUGUCCUUUCACAAAACAAUGAUGGAAGGGAACAAAAAGGGAAGAUAUGUCUACAGAUUAGAACAUAGUAUCUUGCACUAGAUCGCAAUCGAGCACAACCUUUUUCUGUCAUGUUAAAGCCACUUUUUAAAAAGGGAUUUUGUUCUGAGCCAUCGAUAUGUUUGUAUGGUGAGUGUGGGUAUGUGUGCAGCAAGCUUUCAGUCUCGAGUUUGUGAUGAUAUCUGAACUUAAAACAGUUGUGCCCUAGGUUAGGAGGACUAACAAGCUGAAUAGAGAUGGAGAAGUUUGUCUUGUGAAACAUCAAUGACUCCAGGUUCUCAGUUAGCUAGUUGCCCAUUUAUGAUGUGCAAUGAGAUAUUUUUUUUUUUCCAAACAUAGGGACAUCAUAGUUAUUUUAGGAUUUUUUUAAGGGAGAGCUACAGAGAUCAAGCCGAGGAAGUGAUGGCAAUCGAGUGCCUCCGCAUUUUAGAGUGCAUCUGUGCAUUCGGUUUUACCUAUGAUGAUGCAGUACUUUUAGGAGACACUUGAACAGUGGAAUCAGUCAUGUUUUAGUCUCAAUAGAUCCCCGACAUACAAAGACACACAUAGAUAAACACACACAGACACAAUUUUGUUAAACAAGAUCACAUCAUAGUUUAAUUUGAUUAAUACAAAAAAAGCAAGAUAUUACUGUGACAAUUCAAUGUGAAAUAUAAUUAAGGUGCCAAUGUAGUGUCAAGGAGCAGCUUUCUGUUUUUUAGUUUUUGUAUUCAGUACUAGAAGUACAUAUGGGGGGGGGUGUUGUGUCUCUGUUUUUUCUUUCGUUAGUAACUGGGAAAAUAGAUCAAAUGUGAUGAGUACUGAAAGCAAUAUACAUAGUAGCAUGUCGUCAUGUCUUGUCCUUUUAUUCUGUCUGUGUAGGAGCUUUGGAUUUACCUAGAUGUUGAGUAGAUUUGCAUAUACUAUUUUUUAAGUUGUGAAGAUGCUGCUAUUGAAUAAGUGAUGUACUAAAAUUUAAGAUAAAACAUAUCUGGUCAGUCAUUUAACGGGAUGUGGUAGUUCUAAGAGGUGUAACUAAAUACUACAUUGAUAUUGAAAUAAUAAUUGCUAUAUCGAUGGAUUAAAUAAACCUGUGCCAAAAUAGAUCUCUUCAGAUUUAAAUGUGAUUUAAACUCCAUUAGUUAAGAGCAGACAUACUUUUGUAAUUAAAAAAAAAAAUGUGAAAAGUGCCAAAAAAAGCCACAGUUAAGAUAUAACUAACGGGGGAUAAACGUGACUAGCAAAGCAAAAAAUUAGACAUUAGCACUACAGUAUAAGGUUUAGCAACCCAGUCUCAUGAAAAUCGUACAUAUUUUACAAGUUGGCUAUUUCAUAUGAUUUUGUACAAGUUCGUUCGUAUAAAUUUGUACGAUUUCAUCAUGAGCAAAUGCCCGGAUGUCUAAUGCAGAAGUAAGCACGAGUUUCAUGCACAAAGCGUUAAGGACGUGUUUAUUAAUAUUAUGCCCUUACCCAAACCUCCUUUUCUAAACCUAACCGAUCAAUAGAGUGUGAAAACAUGAUAGGCGAAGCAAGUAAUUGUCGCUUAUUAGAUGGAAACGAUGUCCAGCGAUGUCAUUGGCUGUAGUGAAAGUUGUACGAAUUCAUACGAGUGCAGUUAGACGAUAUCAUACAAAUUAGCUACAUUUAGAAAAGUCAUAUGAAUCCUAAAGAUUUCGCUGUGAGAGUGUGUGGGGUUGAGAGUUUUCUGCCCCUCUUAAUACCUAGUGCUUAUGAAAAAGAAUAAGGAGGGAUUCAUCUUGUUGGCCAAACAAAAAAGCAGGGUGCCAUGUGGCCAUCAACACAUCCCUGGGGCUAGAAGACUGCCGAGUUAGCUUAGCAUGGUUAAAGUUUUAUAAGUUAUCAGCAUAAUUAAGUCAGACUUUUAUAAUUCUUAAAAUGUAUUUUGUGAAGAUAGAUGUUAUCUUUUUUUGCACGUUUAUAUUGCAUGAAACCAAGUGAAGCGUGGAUUAAAAAAAUAAAAAUAAAGACACAAAAUACCAUAAAAAAACAAAAAAACUAUUAGGCAAUCUGCACUUAUUUUGAGGACAAAUAUUUGCAUGGCAACAACAGUUAGAGCUAUUAAAUUAGCUUUUUUACAUUUUUCACUCUUUUUUUUUUUUUUUUUUUUUAGUUUUGCUAAGAUCAAGCUGGUUUUUGUUUCCAAGAAAGCUAGGCCACAGAAACCAAAAUCAUUCAUAGUCAUUGCCAUAUUCAGCAUCAUAAUUACAGCACUCAUUUUGUACAAAGUUAUUGACAUUUAAGUUGGGAAAAGAAGGUUAAUUUAUAGCAAAAAUGACUUCUCCUUCUGAACAUUAAAACAUGGCUAUGAAUGUACUCACCUCUACAUAAGUUUGCAUAUCACUCUUUCUAUCAUGAUUCUAGGGCUUGUUUUCGCUGUAAACUGUGUCAGUACUAACAUCAUUAGGCUAUGCUACACUCUUCUGUUCUGUAGCUUGUUCUGCAAUUAAUGCACAUUAAGCUUGAUCCAUUCUUGCGGUAAGCACUUUAUAUUUCUCUUAUAUUUCUUGCCACCCCAGUAAAAACAGCCCUAUUUUCAAAUGAGAGCAAAUACAGUGGCACUGCUUGAACCCUUUACCUCAAGUAUCCAUGAAAAAAGGAAUAGCUUCAGAACUAUUUAAAUGAACAGAAUUCCUGAUCAUAAUACAGUGAAUGAAUAAGGCACUAAAGCCAAGGAUUGGCCAGAUUAUUAAAGCUGACCAAAAAUGACAGAAUUUGGAAAUGUUGUUUUGAUAGUAUUUUUUAUUAUUAUUAAUAGGUGCCAAAAAAGGGCAUGUCUGGUAUCAUAUUUUUUUUCAUUUAGGUCCAUGCUACAACUUAACAUCAAAAUUGCACUGUGCUUAGUCAUGGUUGCUUUUGAAACUAUAUCAGGCAUAUUUAUGAACGUAGAGACAAUAGUUCAGUUGGAAUAAGAGUAAUAUUUGUGUUUUUGUGCAUGCAUUUAGCAGUUUUGUAUGUAUGACAUGCUGUGCAACUCAUGUCAGUGUGCCCACACAAGCAGCGCUGAUGUUUUUUUUUCCUCCCAGCUUACUGGGUUCAGCAGCUUUGUCAAAUGCAGUUGAGUCAAGAUGAAUGCAAACUUAUGGUUUAGCUGAUGCUGAGAAGGUUAUUGCUUGUAUGUAGGCAUUGGGCUCGAGCUUGUUGCUCUUCCAAAACCCCACAUGCCCCCAGUACAACCCAACCCAAACCCCGCCCUUGGCCCCCCACCUUUAGAAGUGGGAAAAAAAAAGAAAGAAAAGAAAACUCAAAAACCUGGGGUCACUCUUGAGCUUGUACCCAUAAAAGCACCAGCAAUGUUAGAAUACAUUUGUCAUAUCACUGUUCUGUUCUCUCUUUUUUAUUUUCCUGUUUUUAUUUGUAUGACACUCUCUAACCUAGACCAAGUAUAACAAAAAUGUCAUUCACAUGUAUCCUGUUUACUCUCCCUUUUUCUCCCUUUUGCACUAUUUCACUGCUCCCUUUUUUCCCAACCACUCCCCACUCUUCUGCCGACCUUCCCCUCACACCCUCCCUGACUUUCUCCUGAGUGCCAAACAAAAACAGUACCAUUCCAAAAUGUUUUGAGUUCUCUUGUAUGUUGGACAUCCAUCGGACGCACCCAUGAAGCCAGCAUGUUUCUCCAUAACAUGAUGUCAGUCAUGACGCCUCAACAUUACCCAAAAAUCAAGCCGUAAAAAGCGAGACCUGGAUUAACAUGGUAAAAAAAAAGGCUGGCUACCUCUCAUAAACUGCUUUUCCUAAUUCUCUGUCAUCUCUUCAACCUCCAGGACAUUACUGAUUGUGUGCCAUAAUGUUGGGGGCACUGUCACUCUCCUCACCCCUGAGUCUCUCCAUUUGAUUUUUCGAUGGAAAACAUUAACCACAAACAAAGAAAAAUCCAUUUUAAUGGCAGGUUUUGUUUUUUCUUUAACAUAAAAACACGCUGAGGAGUGUAACGUCAGCUGUGCAGCCAUCUUCUGUCUUCUGAACUUUGAAACUUCUCACCCCUCAUGAACUUUAUUGACCUUCUUCCUCCCCUUCUAUGUUCAUCAACUGUUUGGACUUAAAAACUCCAUUCCAUCUCCAAACCUUUUUGAGACUGUGCAAUUCUAGUUGAGAUGAUUGGAUUUAUUUCUCUUUUUUAAGUCAUCAUUGGGGACGAUUCUCAGAGAUAAGAAAUAAAAAAAACGGGGAAAACAUAUCAGUAAGAUCCAAGUUGUUUCUCCACAAUUUCAUUAUUUUCUCUCAUUGUAAAUAUUUGUCAGGUUUUGUUGAACUGUAACCAGAACCGUGUUCAACAUAAUGGGGCUGGCAGCAUAAAAUCGGUUUUGUGGAGUGCUUUUAGGAACCAGCGUUAGAAAGCUGAACUAUAGUGUCAUUUUGGUUGUGCUACAUCUAUUAGCCAGACUAGCAGCUCCUAGAGUGUCCAGUCAAGAAAAGUCUCCAAAAAGUUUAGAUGUUCGAAAUUGGUGUAAAUGCAGCAUGAUCAUAAAGAGAGGAGGAUGAUUUAGAAACAAAUUAUUUGCUCCUGUUUAUGUAACGUGCUUGAUAAUUGAUCAUGAUUAGAGAUACAUCAAGUUGCCAGGAUGCCAAAUUUUGUUCAUAUCAAACCAUUUCUGGCCCUUCCAAUACAUAAUCACUUCUAACCAUUAAGGUAGACAAUUAGAAUAGGUUUCAUACUUGAACCGAUGGUAGUUGCUAAUCUCAUUUUACAUAUCAGAUGUCUCAAGUGUAAAUUGUGAUAUGUGUUGAUUAUAGGUGUCUCUGAUCAUUGCAGCAUUUGUUCAUAGGGAUCAUAGAAGAAAAUGUUUCUUUGGGAUAAAGAAAGAUCAACCAUUUGCAUUCGUCUGAACCAUGCUUUGAGCUCCACAUCUAAUGUUUCUAUGCUGCCAGCUUUAUUUUCUGAUAACCCUUCAUGAGCUUAUUUAUUUUAAAACUACUUUUCACUAUUAAUAAAUGGCAUCAAGAACUAGACAAAAGGGAAUGACUGGAAAGAUGAAUUACUGUUUUGUUUUUAGUAUUUUAGUGGUUUCUUUUAACAUCAUCCAUUAACUGACUUAUAAAGUAUUAAAUAUUUAAUGUAACUGUAGCAUUGUGUUUGUAAAAAAAUAGUGAGUUGUGUUUCUUGACUUGUGGAUUACCAGUGAAGUCAGCAAUUUAGUGCUUAUAUCUAUUAAGUCGUUUAUUUUUAUUUUUUAUUUUAUUUAAGGGUUAUUAUUUUCCGACAGCAACAGCAGUCAUUAUAAAUGUUCAUUUUACCAUCACCUGUCUUCUGUUGUCUUAUUCUUCACCUCCCACUACACUCAGUUUCAUCAAAUAACACAUUGCAAGUUUGUGCCUGAAAUCAUGUGCUCGGUCUUGGGGAGGGGCCAUGCUGUGUGAGAGAAAGUGCGGUCACACUAAACUUCGUGCUCCAUUUGCUUCCGUUCAUACGCUCAUGUGAAGAAGUUUUGUCUUGCGCUGCAUACCAAAGUUCAAAUUCGGCGAAUUCAAAUUGAGAAACCACAUUUAACCAACAGAGGAUCUAAACGUCAUGGAUUGACCUCUUGGCUCUUGCUGGAAAAGUGUAGUAUAUUAUAAUUUUUCAUGUUUUGAAUAUUAUUAUUUGUUAUUUGUGAUUUACGAAAAACAUUGAAAGAGCAAAAUAAUUUCACAUGCGCAAAACCUAAUGUGAUCGUACCAUGAUGCGUGUGAGUGUGUGUGAAUGAAUGUGAAAGACUUGGGUGGGUGGGUGUUCUGUCCUCUGUCUACCAAAGCUAAAACCUGUUGGGUUUCCAUUUACCAAUGGAACCUGCUUAUGUUAUAGCUCAAACCCAUCAUGUGAGACUAGUUAAUUUUGAUCGUCCAUAACCACCCCCCGUUUCCCAACCACUUUCCACCACUACCUUUCCCUCCCCUUUACGAGCCAUUCCCUCGCCACGCACCCUCACACCAUGUGAUGUUCUCCAUUGAUAACAUACUACUCGACCAGAACCCACAUUAACUGUUCUCAUGCCUGCGGAGGUGGCAGUUGCCCGUCAACUCAGCCUCCGCUCAUGAUUCGCCCACCAUCCCUUAUCGGCUGACGGGGCCACGCCCAAACUGACAAUUCUAAAUAUUAAUGAUAAUAAUAAUAAUAAUAAAAGUAAAACAAAUAAAUAAUAAUAAUAAAAAAAGAGUAAAAUACAGACAAGUGAUUCUCAGGGUGUUUACGUAAUCUACCUUUCUCUGUGAGUUCACAGAGCCACAACCCAGCUCUCCCUCAUGAUUUUUAAGGAGCCCAAAGACAAUUUACCAUGUAUGAUUGCUUAUCAAAGUCUUCGAGAGAGAAAAAACCUGAAUGAUAUGCACCCAAUUAAAGAAGCAAGCAAAAUGCUGUAAUGUUUACAACCUUAAUGAGACCAACGCUGUUUAAAGAAUGUGUAGGAGUUUCAAGACAAUUUUUUAAUAAGACGUCAUUUCAAACUGAGUUUCUUUUAAAUGAUAAUUACUAUGUGACAUGUUAUGUGUUAAUGAGGCAUUUUUGAAAACAUUGCAUGUUACUAUUUUUUGCAAUGACUUACAUUUUUUUAAAUGUCAGAAUGGCUGGUACAGUGUAAAAUUAGAGCUACAUUUAGUUACUAAUAAUAAAAUACAUUGAUGUCA